CGCUCUUCACAUCAGAAUGUUUCGUGAAAUUCUCAUCAAUCGGUUAACCUUGUUUGUAACGUUUAUUCUGAAUUUCAACGGUGUAAGUUCACUGUACGGAGUCGGAAGUGCGCCAAUACAUGUAAAGGUUGGGGAAUUCGAAGUGUUUUGUCCAAGCGGAUUUCGAGUAACAAUCCCAGUAGACAAUGGUGCCGCCUUUGGAACUUUCAAAGGCACGCACCUCAGCCAAGGCUAUUUGGAAGUGGCUACGUGGUUUGUAGAAGUGCGCCCAAAAAAUGGCCUACUAACUUUUGAGAAUAGCACAGCGAAUAUUAAGACUGGAGAUGAAAUUUUACUGAACAUCAACUUGACUGCAUUUGGGCAGCAAAAGGACUACAUAUGGGACAGAGCCAUAAUAGGUGGAAAGAAUUCCAAACCAGCUGCCGAAUGUAUGCCAUGGACGAAAGUCCUACUAAAUACUUUAGGAACAGUUACUCAGAUGUCAGUUUUCGAAUCUGUUCAACUGGAUGUGUUCAACCAAGCUGGUUUCGAGAUAUCGAUUCCAGUAGAAAGGGAUGUCAAAUCCAUGACUUUCAAGGCGAAGCUUUACAGCAGAGAUAAUGCACUUCCAAUCGAUAGCUGGAUUGCAAAUGAUGUGAGACCACAAAACGGGCAACUUAUAUAUACGAACUGCACAUCACAUAUUGAAACGGAGAAUGUGUUCGAUUACGAAAUAAACCUUACCACAUUUAACCAAAAACAGCGUUACAUGAAUGGCGUAUUCCUGGUGUUGGCGUUCGUUCAUUUUCGUGAAUGUAGACCGACGCAACUAGCUCUUCCAUCUGUGAAAGUGGAAGUGUUUUACCCAACUGGUUUCCAGGUAUCACUUCCCGCAGAAUAUGGUGUCACUUCCAUGACUUUCAAUGGUAGACUCAACCAAGAUUUAGAUAAUUUUGGAGCCAGUACGUGGAUUUCAAACGAUAUACGCCCUAAAAAUGGUCAGCUGACGUUUGAAGACAACGCAUCAAAGCUCAGGAUUGGAGACGUAAUUUAUUAUCGAAUAAUUGUCACUGCAUUUGGGCAGAUAAAACAAUACCCAGAUAGAGUACACAUAGUGACAAGCUACAUUAACAAAGUGGGACACAGGAGCAUUUGGCAGGCUCCUCCGAUGGACGACACAAGUACUGAAUGUAAGCCAUCGAUAACAGCGGUGAAUGGUAUUCAACAGAAGUGCGCGGAGCGUCUAAUAUUCGAUGAGCAGUUCUCAGGGAGUCGAGUGGAUACAUCUAAGUGGACCCUACAAGAACGGUUUGGUGGUCAACCUAACUUUGAAUUUGUUACAUAUUUAAGUCAUCAAGAUGUAAUUUACGUCAACCGAAGCCAUCUUUCCAUAGAACCCAGACGCAUGACGGAUAUUUAUGGAGAUAAUAUUUUCGACUCCAAUCUCACUCUCAAUCUUCAACCAGAUUGCACUGGAGAACUAGAGACAAGUGAUUGUAUUAGGACAAAUGCUGUUGACAUAAUGCCUCCAAUAGCAUCAGGUCAAAUUACUACAAAAGGGUACUUCUGUUUUUUGUACGGUUUCGUUCAAAUUAGGGCUAAGCUUCCCGAUAUUCCUUGGUCCUUCUUGCAAUUCCUGUUAGAACCUUCGGAGAAUGCGUAUGGCAAAUACAACUUCAGUUCUGGACAAAUGCGAGUGGCGUUCAUUACUGGUUUAGAUACAUGCACUCUUUCAGGCGGCAUUAUUUCCAAAGGUGACGGAUCAUUACGAAAUCAGCAUAUAUGCCAAAAAUUAUGCAGUAAUAAUCAGAAAUGGAGUUCCGAUUAUCAUAUUUACGGUUUAAAAUGGGCCCCAACCUCCAUCACUCUGUCCGUCGAUGGGGAACAAUAUUGCAAAAUAAACCCGAUGAAAAGGACCUACUUUACCGGAGGCCAUGGAAUGAUGACAUCCUCCUUAACAUUCUCGCGCCCAACGACGGAGAUGGCACCAUUUGAUCAACCAUUUCACCUAACAAUUGGUCUAGGCAUCGGCGGACAUAUCGAGUUUGACGAUGGACUACCAGAUAAACCAUGGGCAAACCUUGAUCCAAGAAGCAUGCGGAAGUUUUGGCGAGAUAUUAAACAAAAAACUUACCCUCGAGGAAAACUGGAAGUUGAUUACAUUAAAGUGUUUACUGUGUAGAUAACUAUGUAAAUACCUACUCACGACUUAUCGGAGAGUUUAGUGGAAUAAUGGUAGUAUAAUAUUUAGUAUGACAUUCGAUGAAAUGCCACACAAAGAAAGUUUGUAUAAUAGUUGUGUUUUAAUUUUGUUUUUCAGUGCUUUUGAAUAUGGACGAUUUUCAGUUGUACGAUUCAUUGUAUACAGAAAUAAAUUCAAAUUAUUUCCACUA